AUGAUGGGGUCACAGCAGAGUUUUGGGGACUUCGCGAACAGCCUGUCUUUUUAUGGAGGUACGCAGCAGCAGGAGAAGAAGGGCUAUGCAAUGGUGUCGUUGGACGGGACGCCAAUGAGGAACGGAUCUACGGGAGGGAAGCCAGCGGUGCCGGGUUUCCUUGGAAACAUCCUGGGGACAAAAGCAGGAGCAGCUGCACCUGAAGGGACGGGAGCAGGCGCAGGGAUUUGGGCGACUCCAGGAAGGCUGCCAAGCGGGCCCAUGAAGCCUCCGCCCCGCCAACAGGAACAGAAUGGCUUGCUACAGUCGGGCUUGUCUGCAGUCAAGGAUGGAGCGUCUCGCAUGCUUGACGGAGCGAAUUCGGUGGUUAACGCAACCAGGGCCACCAUUUCUGACAACCCUCUUUCUUCACAGAACAUGCUUAUGUUCGGUGUUGUCGCUGCAGUUGGUGUGCUUUUCAUGUUUCUGGCAUUCCUCACUCUCCCUCUUCUCGUUUUCGCCCCGUCUAAGUUUGCUUUGCUUUUUACCAUGGGCUCUUUAUGCUUUCUAGCCGCUUUAGCUCUCCUCAGGGGCGUAGCUGCUCUCUCUCGGCAUCUCGUGGAGCCUUCCAGGCUACCGUUCACAGCGGUUUACUUCUCGUCCUUGUUUCUGACGUUGUACGCCACCCUGAUGGCCAAGUCUUACGUGCUCACUCUUGUUUUUUCGGUCCUGCAGUUGUGCGGAUUGACUUCUUUUCUGGUGUCAUAUAUCCCAGGCGGUUCUCACAUGCUCAAGUUCAUGGGACAGGCUGCGUGGCAACUGCUGCGAAAAGCGUUCAAGUGUGGAGGUUCUCGAGACCUGCAGCUUCCCAUGUAG